UCGCGAUAGCUAAUCUGGGCAAUAAUAAUUACCGUUCGUUUAAAGAAAAUUUUAUUUUUACGCAGUAAGUUUUGUUGAUUCAUAGCUAACACAGGAAAUUAUCCACGAAUUAUUAAAUAUGUGGGCUAUAUAUUUUAUUUUUAUUACUAUGCUGGGGGCCAGGGAAAGUCUGGCGGGCGAUUUAAAGAAGCGACAGGUUUUGUACCCAGCACAAAAUUUAUUUGGGUACCAGUACCCGUUCCCGCAGAUACCAUUCCAGCCGUCUUAUUAUCAGCCGAAUGAAUUCGCGUAUCGUAUACAAUUUUGGCUCACGCCUCAAGCAGCUCCCGAGAGCGCGACGAAACCAUCUGCUGGUUCUGGGGAUAAUCUUAUCACGGUUGUCAAUCAAACUGGUGGUGCGGCUCGUAAAAGCAAUGAUCCAGUCGUAAGUGGUGACAAAAAUGAUUUGAAAAAUGAAAAAUCUGAAUCUGGAAGAAAGUCUGGUGAGAAAUUAGCUGUCAAUGGCACGGUUGCAAUUGAAAGUAAAAUUGACGGGCAGGGUAAUGACACUUUGAAGCAGACUGGAGCUACACUAGAAGUCAAAAUAUCUGCUGACAAUUCAACGGAGAUAAAAAAUAGAAUCGAUACUAAAAAUUCAACAACUUCUUGAAUUUAAAAAUACUAGUAUUUUAUUUAUUGUACGUGUAUUCAAAAAUUUAAAUAAUUAUUUGAAUUUAAAUUCAACAAGUGAUGGAAUGUAACAGAUUUGGAGUUUAUUUUUAAAUAAAAAAAUUUAAGUAAAUGGAAAUAAUUUCUUUUUGU